AUGCCACCAAAGCUCAGCGACGACAUAGUCCUCCUCAUCGGUCAACAGCUACAAUCACUCAACUACCAUAGAACCCUAUCAAACCUUUCCUUAUCCUGCAAGAGCAACCAUCAACUCCUCACUCCACUCGUCUAUCGACAUGUCAUCUUGACUGAUCAUUCACUUCCCAAAUUGUUCACUAGAAUAAUCGAUAUCCCUAACGGAGAGAAACAUGCGUUCAUGCAACCCAUCAAGGAGGAAGACGACGAGGAAGACGGUACCCCUUCUUCUUCCUUGACUCCGACUCGAAGGUUGAGGGUUCAAUUAGGAAUGGUAUUCAAGAUGACGGUUGAUACCAACGAUGAACAAUUCCCCUACGAGAUCUUGACCACCAUCGCCAAAUGUCUAGUGUUCUACUUCGAUGACAUGCUCUUCCCUAGAACUUCAAGAUUGGUAUUCACCGCGAGACAUGGAACAAGUGGGAGAAUCGGAUUAUUAUCAAGUGACAAAGAUCCUUACCAUCUCCUUCGAAACUUCUUACCUGUCGCUUGUCGACCGAAGUAUAUCUGUUGCUCAUUCAACUCCACCACUCCAGCAUGUCUGAACGAUGACCUGGUUCCCUACUUUACAAUCAUGGAUGAAGAUGGCGAAGUCGUCAACAUUCAUCAAGCUAGAGCUCUUUGCAUUCCUCCUAGGUUAUUCAAAAGUAGAAUCAGUUAUAGCAAAGCGGAGUGUCCAAGAGGUGAAGACUGUACUCUACAAGGUCACCCCGAGGGAUGUGAAAAGGCGGAAAUGAGAUAUAGGUUGACCGAAAUUCUCGUCGGUUCUGCCAUACUCACUCACACUGCUAGUACCAAUUCCCUUGAAGAUUCUUCGACCGGUGCAGAAGACCGUCGAUCGGACCAAAAUGUCACUAUCGUCGAGAGAACCGACCAACUCGGAUUCAGAUAUCAUCAGAUGUAUAAAGAGAUGAUCGAGGAUGUCAAGAAAAGCACCAAUACCAACUCACCAUUUUCACCUGCCAUCAUGCAGUUCUUACAUUCGGUAGCUGUGAAUGGUGGUGUGAUGACUGGGUUCGGUCCAAAUGGUCCGGUAGUAACCCCUAUCGGUGGAUUCACGAACAAUGGUGGUAAUGGUAAUAGUAAUGUCGGUGGAAGCGUCAAUAACAACAGCGGCAACAACAACAACGGUAAUACGACAGCGUCCUCCACUUCGAAUGGUAACACUCAUGCGAACACUGCCUCCCACUCUUCUACCCCCAAUGCUCUUGCUUCAACCCAUCAAAAUCCGUCCUUCAUUCCUGGUGGCGCCGGCCUCAGUCUCGGAUUGCCAAACUUCACUUCAAUGUUGAACGGUAACAACAACAACGGUAACAAUGCAAAUACUAGCAACGAUAACGGCACUUACAGCGGUGUCAACACUGCUGGCUCACAACAAAACAUGGCAAACGGUAAUCCUGCGAUACCUGUCAAUAUGUCCUCGAUGUUCAACGCCUUCACCUCGCUACCUAGUAACUCGUCUGGACCCGCCAAUGGGACUGGCACAGCAUCUAAUUCGGCAGGUGGUAACACUGGUCAUCGAUCCCAACCGGGGGUACCUAACAUCUCCUUUGCUCCUGUUCCGACCGAAAUGACUCCGCAAGACUCCGCUAAGCUCCCUUCCAAGGCCAAUAUUCGCUUCAUGGUCGGAGAAGCAGCGGAAAGACAACCGGUUUGCGAAGCUUGUGGAGGUGAGUUGUUAUACGUCGUUCGCUGGAUGUAA